AUGGACGCGAAUAAUAACUCCUCUAUUCCCAGAAUCUCGGAUAGCUUGGUCCCAACAAGGUCUAAUCUUCCUCCAUCGGACAACGAAGUUCCUUCAUUGAUCGAGGAUGAAUUGGAAUUUGAGGGGUCGAAGUCUCGUAAGAAGAUGUAUAAGCUGAAAAGAAAAAUGAAAGUACUUGCUGAACGCUAUUCUAUCCUGGAGAAAAGAUGUGAGACACUGGAGAAAGAGUUAGCGGCACAAAAUGAAAUUAUGCUAAAAAUUGUCAGAGCAUUGAUAGCGGCAAACAAAUAA